AUAUAUACUACGACAAACAUUUGACUAACUGACGUUAGACAUGAACCGUAGCCAACUGUUCCGACUUGCAUACAAAUCAGACUUAAAAACAGAUUUAGGAAUCCGGAGACUGCCUAUACAUAAUGGUGAAUUUAUAUCAUAUGAGCAAAAUUACUCCAAACCUGGUGUUCUACAGCUUGAGCUAAUUAGUGUGAAGCAGAGAUUUACACCUUAAAGGGCAUUUAUAUCUUGAGCUGUAUUGCAGAGGAACGCGUCUGCUGUGGCUAAACGUGGAGCGACUGUAAAACCCAACUGAUCGCACACAGGUGACAUGUGACCUUAAGACAUUUGGAGACCUUUCACUUUUAUCCGAAAUGAAACCGUGACACUGCAGCUUUCUCAGGUGUGCGCAGCACGGUGCGUUUCUCAUCACACCCGAGUUGCUGGAAGAACGCUCCCUCCCUGCGAGCACCGCGUGCCGCCUCGGAGCCGACACGCGCGUCAUUUAUCUUAUUGCGCACCAAGAAACGCCACCUGGCUUUUCCGCGUUCCUGCGCGCCGACCUCCGUACCUUUCACACACGUGUGUGUGUGUGUGUGUGUGUGUGUGUGUGUGCGCGCGCGCGCGCUCGCUGUUAUUGUUGUUGGGGCCGUGGGACGAAGCCAAUGAACGCCUCGCUUCUUCCACUUCUCCUGCUGUUGAACCGUCCCACCGAAGCCUCGGCGGUCCUCGGAGUUGCGUCACCGCAUAGCAGCACACGCUAGAGCCGGGAGCGUGGGACUUUCCGGGCAUUGUGGGUUUAUAAAAGGAUGGAUCAAUCAAAGGUGCCGUUCGGAUUGCCUGCUGAGCUUCCAAACCGACAUGCAGCUCUUCCACAACGAACGAGAGGAGGUACGGUGUGAAAUGCCGGAGCUCCCGGACCGGGACAGACCCCUCCUAGAGCGGGACAGACCCUCCGCCCUGCUGGACCGGGACGGAGCCCUCACCCUCCUGGAUGUGGCUCACUAUGAGUAUAUGAAGCGUCGGGAGCGGCAGCACACACUCCUCACGUGUUUCUUCCUCUUCCUAGUGGCAGCUCUGGUUGCUGCCCUUGUCAUGCUUGUUCAUAUUAAUUUACAGAAUCACCACGACUGCGAGCACUCGGCGAUAACGAGGACAGACGGGACGCCCGCGAGGCAGUACCAGCGUGACGUGAGAUGUACAGCCAGGCCGAAUGCACACCUGACAGGCUUGCAGAAGAGCUCCUCCGUGACCGGCUACCUGGAGUGGGAGCGCGAGCGCGGCGACGCGCAUCUGCACCUGUUCACGUACGAGGAGGCGCGGCGCGCGCUCGUGGUGCAGCGCAGCGGCCGCUACUCCGUGUACCUGCACGUGACGUUCCUCGUGAGCGAGGAGUCGUGCAGCGACGGCGCAGUGGAGCUCCAGCAGGCCGUGUUCGUGUGGUCGGACAGCUACCGGGAGGAUAUGCCGCUCCUGCGGGCCCGGGACUCCGUGGGCUGCGGCGUGGCCGCGUGGGCUAAGUCGCUGUACACGGCGGGCGUGUUCUCGCUGUCGGCCGGGGACCGGCUCAUGGUGGAGGUGUCCCCGCAGAAGCUCGUGGGGCGACACGAGAAGAACCUCUUCUUCGGGGCCUUCUUCGUGGCCCCGGAGCCUGGAGAAGAGGAGGAGGAAGAGGAGAAGAUCUGCCAGGAUUAACGUUCUUUGCGCUACCGAAUGAAUGGGUCAUCAUUUAAUGUGCGGUGGAGGGCAUCAUCAUCUCAUCUCGGGCCAGGACUGGGGUUGGGUUGGGGUUGGGUUGGGGUGGGGUGGGGUGGGGUGGGGAAAUCGCGCAUAACCGCUGGCUUAUGCGAUAACAUAACCAUAGGACCCAGACGAUCGCGAUAUUACACAAAUUUAAUAAACAGAAAAAAACUGGUUGGUGCGAUUGUCGAGGAAAUAAAUAUUACUGCACCGGACCGGAUCGCUGCUCCUGCUCCUGCUGCUGCUGCUGCUGCUGCUGCUGGAUCCCGGGCAAAAAUUGUGUCGAAUCGAGUUAAAUCAGGACAGGAGAAUAACCGUAUUCCGUAUAAUGAACACGCGUAUGAAGCGCACACGACGUUGAUAUUAACGCGGUGACGCCAGGAAUAUCGAAACACGCGUCCACACUCGGUGCGCGACUGUCCGCGUGCGGCGCGCGAGACGCGACGGCGCUUCGCGACUCCCUUUUGAGCGCAGCGUCCGCGGAAGAGCUACUUUGCGUUCUCUGUUGCGUCUGCGAUACAUGGCAGUAUUUUUGUUCGAAUUUUAUUUAAACGUUGUCAUUUGCUCUUCCGAUAUCGCUUCCUUAUUUUAUUGCCUGUUGAGAGAAACGGCAGAUGAAAACACCCCCCCCCCCCCGCGUCUCUCAGCGCCCAGGCACCAUAUAAUCUCGAGGAGAAAAUGGGAAUUUGUUCUGUGUGCGAUAUGUGAGACGCACGUACUGAGUCGCUUGCUUGGUCACGUGAUUCUCCAGCGGUAAAACCGGUUUUGUAAUAAUUGAAAAGUGAGAAGGACAUUUGUUGGGUCAAAUUGGAAGGUGAAGUCUUGAUCUGGUGGGAAAACAUCCAAAGGUGCUUUUAAAGAUAUACAAACAUCGAGUGUUCAGAGUACAGAAGCAAACGAGUCUCAGAGUCCUAAAGAAAAAGGGUGAUGUGAACAUUUUUCCUGUCUGAGCUCUUAAGUUAUUGAAGCUUGACUGAGCUUCUGAUUCGAACCUGCUGCAUAAUUCAGAUAAAAUUCAUUUGUGGUGCUGGUGGAUCACUGUGCUGUCGUGUCCAGUUUGUCUGAAACAAUGACAGAAUUCCAAUAUUGAAUAUAGAACCAAGUGCCUUAGGAGAACCCCCAUGUGGUUCUUCAGCCCACUGAAGUUAAAACUGUGUUAGUCUAAGAAGCAAAAUUAAUACUACAGAUAUUCCUGUAAAAUACAUGAUUUUAGGAAGCAGCCAUGCUCUUUGUUUCUUUCCUAAGGGUUCAGUGUUUGUUAAAAAAUAAAUGUAUAAAUAA